AUGGGAAGCUGCGGGCCGCACCGAGCAUGCGCCAAGCCUCGCACAUGCUCAGUAGCUCGGCGUCUGCCCCGCCCUCUCCGGCCGCCACUCCCUCCGCCCCGAGGCUUUGGGUGUGGGGCGGCUGGGCGGUGCGGUCUCUGGAGAAAAUCCACUUCUCCGGGAUUUCCUAGCAGCUUGAGGAAGAGUGAGCGAAGUGUGGGGCCCAGCUGUCUGCUACUGGCCUUCAGCUUCAGCAAUCCCGUGGACCACCAUGAUCAUCUUGAUACCUACUACAAGGUGGCACUCCCUCUGCUGCUAACUCAGUCCCAUAUUCUCAAGCCCUAUUGUUCUUUUAGAUCCUUCCUGGAAGGCAGCAUGUCCAGUUUUCCUUUAAGCAAAUCAUCUCCCACAGGAAAUGCGAUGAAAAGCACAACUCAAGGGACUGCACUGAGGCAACAGGGCUUUCAUGAAGUGAACAAAAGAAGGACUUUCUUACAAGAUAGCAGCUGGAUAAAGAAACGUCCUGAAGAAGAGAAAGACGAGAACUAUGGUAGGGUGGUACUCAAUCGACACAACUCCCACGAAGCCUUGGACAGGAAGAUUAAUGAAAGAGAUGAGCCAAAAGCCACUCUGAGUCGGUACAGAUCUGAUGAUACUUUGGACAGGAAUAUGGCGACUUUUAAAUCACCAGGAGCAACCAAGUUGCAGCCUGGCGGUCUAUUAAAUGCAAACACCACCGCUACCACCACCACCACCACAGCCUCGGCCCCUGCUGCCACCCCUGUCAAGAAAAAGAGACAGUCUUGGUUUCCGCCUCCCCCUCCUGGUUCUAAGGCCACCCCCAGCACAGCGGCCAGCAGAAGGGAACCAACUGUUCACCCUCCAAUACCACCAAAGCCCAGUACUCCUGUUUCUUCUCCCAAUCAACAGACACCAGAUAAUAGGCAGACAUAUCCACCUAAACUGGUUGUCUCUGCAGAAAGCAAUAAAUCUUCUGAAAAAAUUACAAGGAGUCAAGAUCUUGGUAACAUUGUCAAAGCUGCUGCUUCAGUUCAGAAAACCAACAAAGGUGAAGAACUGGAUAAUCUCAUAAAAAUGAACAAAAGCUUGAGCAGAAAUCAAGGUCUUGAUGGUCUGUUUAGAGCAAAUCCAAAGGCGGAGCAAGCAGAGAAAAGAGCCAAAAGCCUUGAAAGCCUCAUCUUUACAAAUACUCGGACCAACAAAGAUGGCAAAGGAAACCAAAGCCUUGACAGUUUCAUUAAAGAAAAUCCCAGAAAAGUCAGCAAUGAAAAAGGAGGUGAAGACCUUGAUAAUGUUAUCAAAGUGAAUCCCAAAGGAAAUGAAAGUACCACUGGUAAACAGGACCUUGAUGGGCUUAUUAAAGGAAAUCCUGAAACAAACACAAACAUCAAGAGGGGCAAGAGCCUUGACAAUCUCAUCAAAGUAAGCUCUGAAGUAAGCAGAAGUAGCCAAGGUUCUGAAAAUCUUAAUACCCUCAUUAAAGUGAAUCCAGGAACAGGAAAUAGUAUGCAAUGGGGUCGAACUCUUGAUAACCUCAUCAAAGUGGUUCCUGAAGCAAAUAAAAAUAAUCAAGGAAACCAAGGUGUGGAGAAUCUUACCAAAGUGAAUCCUUCAUCCAAGAAAAGUGAACAAAGCCUUGAUGAACUCAUUAAUGUAAGCCCCAAAGCUGUCAAAAACACUGCUGGAAACCAUGGUCUUGACAAACUCAUCAAGGUGAAUCCUGAAAUUCAUGUAAAGAACCAAAGAAACCAAGACCUGGAUCACCUCAUCAAAGUCAAUCCUGAAGUACUCAGAAGUAAUCAGAGUGCAGAUUUGGACAAUCUCAUUAAAGUGCAACCUUCAGCUCUCAGAAACACUACUCGCAACCAAGAUGUGACAAAUGUAAUUGAGGCGAAUUCUUAUGUGUCUGAAAAUAAGGAUGGAAGGCUUAAUGGACAACUCAAUGGAUUCACCAAUGCUGUACACAGCCAGUCGGCAAGGACCACUACUUACCCUUAUGACGCCAGGAACAGUCUCAGCUCCAAUGCUGGACCCAGGAGUACAGGCUCUAAGGAUACUGUUGUGUACACAAGGACCUACGUGGAGAAUAGUAAAUCACUGAAGGAUGGGUAUCAUGAGACUAUCUCUGGAAAAUACAUACAGACUGUUUACUCAACUUCAGAUAGGUCUGUCAUUGAAAGAGACAUGUGCACUUACUGCCGUAAACCCUUGGGUAUAGAAACAAAAAUGAUUCUAGAUGAGUUACAAAUUUGCUGCCAUUCUACUUGCUUCAAGAUGACUGGGAAAAAUGAGAAUGCUUUAGACCAGUAA